CCGAAAACGUAACCUAAAUGGGACAUUUGCCCUUCCUUAAUUCACAGUAGGUGCAUCGCCAUUUUGUUUCUAUUUGGUUUCAAGUAAUUACAUUUUUCGCCAUUUUCGGUCAAUUCGUAAAUUAUUGCCAUCAGUCGAUCGACUGAGAAUCGAUAUUUCUUUCCCGCGUAGGAUCCUAAACAAAACUAAAGAAACUACUGUAUGUUACGUUGAAAAGUGGUAUGAAUGUAAACAAAACAAGUGCCCAUUUUUUGAUGUCUUAAAAACGAGCAUGGACUUCAUGAACGCAUUGUAUAAAAGAGAAACUGGGCGUAGAACCAUGAAUUCUUACGACUUCGCAAUCAGACGACUGAAGUGUUAUGAUUGUGAUGAAUUUUGUGGCAUUUACCCAAAUAACUAUGGCCAAUCUAAUCCGGAGUCACUCGUUUUCGCAUGCCAGUUUUGCUGUAAAGCGAACUACCAGCAUUGGCUUGCACUGGCAAACGAAGAUGGCAUGAUCGCAAUUCAGGACACAAAACUGAAAAGUAAACGCUGGAAGUCAGGCGAGAUAUAUGCUGAAGGCACACAGGCUCAUCACAAUGCAAUAUUUGACUUGGCAUGGAUGGAAGAGGAACUGAAGUUAGUGAGUGUAUCCGGUGACCAUACAGCUGUACUGUGGGAUGUUAGCAUCACGCCAUGGAGACAGUUGCGGCAAUUCAGAGGGCACACAAGGAGCGUCAAGACAGUGGUAUUCAGGCCACAGGACAAAGCUGUGUUUGCAACAGGGGCACGGGAUGGGAUGAUAAUGGUAUGGGACACAAGGUCAAACCAGGGGCCAUUGUGGGACAAGCCAGAUAAUUUCAUCUCAAACUCCCAUCAUGCCUUGGGAUCAGGUACUCCAUCCAACACUGGGUCCAGGAGUCGCCGAAACAAGUCCAUGCCAGCAUCUCGUGCGAACAGCAUCACAAGUCUCGUGUUCCAGGAUGAGGACCGCCUCAUUUCAUGUGGGGCUGGUGAUGGGCUGAUAAAAGUGUGGGACUUACGGAAAAACUACUCAGCAUACAAGAGAGAGCCGUUACCCUGCCACACAUUGCCGUAUCAUGGAAGAACAUCUCAGAAUGGUUUCACAAACCUAGUGCUGGAUCCUGGGAAGCUUAAGCUGUAUGCAAGCUGCAUGGACAAUGUGAUAUACUGCUACAAUGUUGCAACAUAUGAGACCACGCCCAUUGCAACAUUCAUCGGACACCAGAGCUCCACAUUCUAUGUUAAAUCAUGCCUCAGUCCCGAUGGGCUCUACCUGGCCAGUGGCUCCAGUGAUGAACAUGCCUACAUAUGGAACACGCAGGGUUUGAAGACACCAGUGACAAGCCUGGUGGGGCAUAGGGCAGAGGUCACCUGCGUGCAAUGGUGUCCAGUGGGGGAUACAAAGAUUGCGACAUGUUCAGAUGAUGCAAGACAUCGGAUCUGGCGAGUGGGAUGUGAGUUUGAGGAUGAUAAUUAUCCUGAGAUGCUAAGAGGUAGGGCUCUGACACCUAAGAUAACCCAUAGAGAUGAAGAAAACACAAGGGGAGUUGUGGAAACAUCACCAUGUGCCAGCAAAACAAGUACUGGUGAUCAGGAGAGAACACCUGACUUUGUCUGUUCAGAUGUCAUACUGCCAGACACAAGCUGUUGGAAAUGUAAUGGCAAGGGGCAGACUACAAGUCCAUGUGCAACUUGUUUGUGUGUACUUAGGAGGAAGUCUCCCAGGACUAAACGUAGGCUCGAAGAUUCGUUGGAUGAUGGUGCCAGUUGCAGUUUUGGUCGACACAGUAAGCACACAGUGCUUUCUCCAGUCCGAGAAGGGAAUCAGGAGAGCAGAGUUGGGCUGGAAACACGAGCUAGGAGAUUGUUCAGUCCAUGCAAACACAAUUUGAGUAAUAAGUCUCCCACUAGUAAUUGGGAGACUGAUACCAAAACAGCAUCCGAGGCCAUUCUGUCUUCACCGACACUGAAUCUUCCAAACUAUGUUCUUGAUGGAACUUCACCACAUCAUCACUGCAGUCCAAAUGCACGACUUAAGGAGAAUGUUGACUGGCUCACAAAACUGAGGAAAGAGAGGACAAAUAGUGGGGAAAGUUGUAACUAUCCAAGUGCACAUGUUACACCAAAGCGAAGACUUACACGUUCUCGAUCACAUGAAAUCAGCAAAGGGAUUAGCCUGAAAGGAAAUUCAGAGACUUUGUGGCGUUUUUUCCGUGUAGCAGGAAAAUCAAAUGGAGAGCUGCUGAACUUUGCAGCUGCACAGGGAGAUAGCUCCCCCAAAGUUUUGACAAUAGAACCGUGAUAGUCAUGUGGCACUAGAUACAUGCAAUAUGGUGAUAAUUUAUAAUAUGUAAGUGCAUGAAUUAAAAUUAACAAGGCUGCAAUGCCCAGAAGGAAGUGCUGUUAUUUAUGGAUUCAAAUAUUGAUGUUAAAUUUUUGCUAUCCUUUUGGAAUAAUAUGAUGUUUGUGAGAUGUCCAUGUAUUUGGGUGAUGUCUUCAUUGACAGUGAUGAAAUAUCACAGAUAAAAAUUGAAAUAUUUUACUUACUGCACAACAGAUGUGUACCUUUAUAGGGGAGUUCUCUGCUAAUUUUGAAGGAUGUAUUUUGAAAUGUUUGAAUUAAUUUUGAAUGACAAAAUUGUAUACAGUGAAAGUAUCAUAGAGCAAGUAUGGCUUGUAGCAAAGAUGUCAUUAUAGCAACAAAAAUCAUUGGCACCAUCAAUUUCUUAAUGUUACAUCAUAUAGACAGGGUUUUUUUUCCAGCGCCAUCAUAAUGAGUGAUUCCUAAUUAGUAGCUUUCAUAUUAAGUAUUUGCUCCAACUGCACUUGCAGUUUUGCUUCUGAAGUUACAAAUGACUUGCUGUCUGUAAAGGUACAAUUAACCCACCCUCUCUUUACUGCCCUAGUCUUGGCAAGAAUUCAUAUAACAAAAUCUGAGAGCAGCUUACCAUUUCCAAGUCUGAACCAUUAAGAAAUCUGAAUAUUCCCUUCAGUCAAAUAGUUUGUUUCGUUGUGUACUAAGUCACUUGUCUAGUUUAUGGAGGCACCAUGCAGUAUCUUCCCUUCCUUGUCAAAUGAAUUUCUGCUCCCCCCGAACUUCCAUUGUUCUAGGUUUGAGGAUGAUGAUACAGAACACAACUGCACAUGUGUGUUUAGGUUUUGUCUCAUAAAGCAUGUACAGUGGAACCUUGCUUAAUGAGCAUAAUUUGUUCCAGAAUCUUACUUGUUAAGCGAAACAAUUUUU